CGAUCGGUUGCUGGCCUUCAGAUCCAUCAGCGCACACUCUGCAAGCGUGAGCUACUGCAAUUUCGGCCUUUCGAUCAGCUGUCGCCAGGAUGACCAACCCCAAGUCGGAGGAUUCGUCAGUUGUGCCCAUGGACAUUGUGCCAACAGACAAGCAGGAUGACGGCGCAUCCAAGCCAGACCCCGUGGCCGCCUUCCUGCUCGAUGUCAAAAUCAAUGUCGGCUUCCUCGAGAAGGCCGUGGUCGCCUUUGAACAUCGGUACAUUACGCGUGUGCUCAGAAACUUGAAUACCCUGCGGAAGUCCUGGACGGUCGAUCUCUUGGCUCAAGUCACGACGCAGCACGUCGCCGACGACUAUUACAAGGCUCUCUAUCUUUCGAACCUCGGCGCGGCCUCUCAGUCGAUGGAACUCGACAGUUCAAGCCAGCAAAAGCCUGUGUCCGAAGUCGAAGCCUACUUUGGUCUGCUGAUUGUGACCUAUCUGCAUGACUUGAACCAGCUGGACAAGGGGUUGAAGCUUUCCUCAAUUCUGGUCGAGAGCAUCCGCGCCUCCAACCGCCGCACACUGGAUCAGAUUGCUGCGCGCAUCUACUUUUAUUAUGCCCGAUUCCACGAGCUGAAAAACUGCUCGGCCGAAGCCCGCCCUCAUCUGCUUGCUGCCCAGCGUACGGCCACCCUUCGCCGAGAUGAAGACACUCAGGCCAUGCUCUUGAACCUGCUCUUGCGAGACUAUCUGCAGCACAACCUCUACGACCAGGCCGACAAACUGGUUUCCAAGACCACGUUCCCUGAGUCUGCUGGAAACAACCAGGUCGCUCGGUACAUGUACUAUCUUGGUCGUAUCAAGGCCGUUCAGCUCGACUAUACAUCGUCCCAUCGCCACCUGCUGCAAGCCAUUCGCAAGGCACCGCAAACUGCAACGGCGGCUGGCUUCCAGCAAACCGCCAAUAAGCUCGCCAUCAUUGUUCAGCUCUUGAUGGGCGAGAUUCCUGAGCGAUCCGUCUUCAGACAGCCGAUGCUCCGCAAGUCCCUCCUGCCCUACUUGCACAUUACCCAAGCCGUCAGAGUCGGCGAUCUCAGCCAGUUCCAAGAGACCGUGGCCACCUUCGGAGAUGUAUUCCGGGCUGAUCAAAACCUGACGCUGAUUUCAAGACUGCGCCACAAUGUCAUCAAGACGGGCAUCCGAAUGAUCAGCAUCUCCUAUUCACGCAUUUCUCUGCGGGAUAUCUGCUUGAAGCUGCAGCUGGACAGCGAGGAGGACGCAGAGUACAUCGUCGCAAAGGCGAUCCGCGAUGGGGUCAUCGAUGCCAGUCUGGACCAUGAGAAGGGCUAUAUGAAGAGCAAGGAGAACGCCGACAUUUACUCGACGGCCGAGCCACAAAACGCCUUCCAUCAGCGCAUUAGCUUCUGCCUGAAUCUGCACAACGAGAGCGUCAAGGCUAUGCGGUUCCCCGACGGCGUCGACAGGAAGGAGCUCGCCAGCGCCAAUGCCCUUCGAGAAGAAGAACAGAAACUGGCCAAGGAGAUCAUCGACGGUGCUGAUCUGGAUGACGAUGACGACAUGGGCGAUUUUUAAGCCGUCGGAUGUAUUUUCCCAAGCAAAAUGGCACAACAACGAGUCGCGCUCGCAUGGGCAUUUUCCGGACUGGAUGCUGCAGAUCCGAUCAAUGCCCGUCCUGCUUGUGCGAGACUAUCGCACCGCGACGGCAGAGUCGUUCUUGUGUUUUACGUGCUGGCUAUU